AUGUCAUUCCCAUCAAGAACCGCCAGUAGCUUCUUUUCAAAAACAUCGAUAUCGGCCAUCCUCGAAAGCGUAAACCCGCUUGAUCCAGACUUCGCCGGUGCGAGGAUCUACGCUCCCAACGAGCAAAGGCACUAUACCCCUAAAGCUUAUACUUUCAUCGUCUGGAUCUGCUCAAUCUUCUUCGCAAUUCUCAUCGUCUCCCUCGGAUGGAUCUGUAUCCGUCGCGACAUCAACCCUCGGCUCGGAACCUUGAAACACAAGGAAAGGGAGAAAUUCAGGAAAAGGACGCGACAGGAGUUUCAUUUCAGGGUGCUCCAGAUGAUGAAGGAGACUCAAUUACAGGAGGAAAUGGAAAGGAUAGAGAAGGAGAAGGAUAAGACAUAUAAGGAGAAAGUUAAUAGGUUCAUGAAGAAUGUUGAGGAAGGGAAAAGGGAGGUUAUGAGGGCUAGGAUUGAGGCUUCGUUGAAGAGAGAAGCUGAGAAGGUUGAUGUACUCACUGAGGAACCUGUGAUGUUAUUGGCGAUGAGAAACAUGAUGGAAGCCGGGAAAAAGGCUCAGGCUGAAAGGAAAAGAGCACGCGAACAGAGAAAGAGGGAGAAGGGACGAGUGGCUACACCGGAGGAAAGGAAGAAAACGAAGGCUGAGAAAAAGAUGGCGAAGAAGGAAAUACAAAAGGAACGAAAGGUGUUACUGAAUAAAUUUAAGGAGGCAUGGGAUGAGUCUGCUUCUAGUGUUAGGAAGAAGGAAACGGCAAGAGACACGCCGAUUUCAAGGGAUAAGUUGAUGAAAGGAAGGAGAUAUGUUCCUCGUGUGUACUGA